AUGGCGGCGAACACAAGGGAAGAUGCAAGUGGAAGCUCCAUACACAAACGUCGACCAGAGCGUUUUUCUGUGCAAAGAGCAUUGGAGCUACUUGGUUUAUUUGAUGGGGACAACUCAGAUUUGGAUGUGUCUGACAACGAUGAUCCCAUCCUGGAUGGCAAUUACCAAGAAGGACGUGGACUACGCUGGAAGGCUACUCCAUUGACGCCAAACCUGGCAGAGUAUCAGCAUCAGUACGGAACUGAUCUAGACAGACAUGGCUGGACCCCACUGGACUAUUUUGAACAGUACAUAGACAGUGAUUUGAUUAUGACGAUUGCAGAAUGCUCUAAUAUUAUGUCACUGUCUAAGAGUGGGGAGCCACUUAACAUUACAGUAGAUGAGGUUUACCACUUUUUUGGUGCCUGUAUUUUGAUGUCCUGCAUCCGAUACCCAACCAUAAGGAUGUACUGGUCCAGAGCCUUGAAAAUCACUGCCAUCACUGACAAAUUCACAUGUGCGAGAUUCUUCAAACUGAGGGGAGCAAUAAAAGUGGUUAUUGAUCAUGAUGUGCCAGAAGACCUGAGAAUGUCGGACAAAUUCUGGAAGGUGAGGCCUUUUCUGGAUCGGAUUCUGCAAGGCUGCUUGUCUCUGAAUCGACCUGAUUGCGCAUCUAUUGAUGAGCAGAUGAUUCCUUUCACAGGAGCCUGUCCGUGCAGACAGUAUCUGCCAAUGAAGCCAAACCCAGUUGGCAUAAAGAACUUUGUCUGUGCUACAGCAGAUGGCAUUGUGCUUGACUUUGAGCUGUAUCAAGGCACAGGUUCACUGAUUGAGAAGGUCGAAGAACCAGAGGGCCUGAGUUUGGGAAGCUUAGUCAUCGAGCGUCUGUGCCAAACUCUGCAUCGUGGCACAAAGGUGUAUUGUGACCGGUUCUUCACCACCAUCAAAGGUGUGCAAAGAAUGAUGGAGAAAGAGCUGUACAUGACUGGUACUAUAAUGAAGAACCGACUCGCUGAAGCGAAGCAUAAGUUACCCAGUGACAAAGCCAUGAAAAACGCUGGAAGAGGUACCUCAUCAGAAGUUUCCGCUGAAGAUGGAAAGUUGUGUGUAGGGAAGUGGUACGACAACAAACCAGUAUUGUUGAUUUCUGUUGUUCAUGGUACACAGCCAGAAGACACCUGCCAGCGCUGGGACAAGAAAAUUAAACAAUAUGUCACUGUCUCGCGACCAAGCAUUAUCCGUGAGUACAACAUCAAGAUGGGAGGAGUUGAUUUGAUGGAUAGAAUGAUAAGUUACUAUCGCAUGAGCACCCGUACUAAGAAGUGGACAAUGCGGAUGGUAAUGCACUUCACGGAUCUGGCUUUAGCCAACAGCUGGCUACUCUACCGAAAAGACCAUGCAAUAUGUGCUGGACCAAAGACAAGACCCAUCCAGUUCCGCAUGGAAGUAGCUACGAGCCUCUUGACCCAGCAUGGUGCAGAUGCAGACCUUUCGACACAGUCAGAGGAAGAAGAAGAUUCAAACCAGGGAGUGAAACGUCAUGUGACAGAGUUGCCCCAUGUCUCGGUCCGCAGGAGGGCUAAUGCCCACCUCCCAGAGAUGAUCGGCCUGAAAAAUGCAAUGCGCUGCAGACAACUAGGCUGCACUGGAAGAACCCGAGUGCGUUGUAUGACCUGCAAAGUGUUCUUGUGCUUGCAAACAGAGCGCAACUGUUACUCAGCCUUUCACUCAUAA